AUGGUUGUUGCAGGGUGCUGGUGUCCAACACAGGAUGUUGUAGGGUGCUGGUGGCCAACACAGGAUGUUGCAGGGUGCUGGUGGCCAACACAGGAUGUUGCAGGGUGCUGGUGGCCAACACAGGAUGUUGCAGGGUGCUGGGUGGCAACAGGAUGUUGCAUGGUGAUGGGGUCCAACACAGGAUGUUGCAGGGUGCUGGGGGGCAUCACAGGAUGUUACAGGGUGCUGGGAACCAAUACAGGAUGUUACAGGGUGCUGGGGUCCAACACAGGAUGUUGCAGGGUGCUGGGAACCAACACAGGAUGUUGCAGGGUGCUGGGUGGCAACACAGGAUGUUGCAUGGUGAUGGGGUCCAACACAGGAUGUUGCAGGGUGCUGAGGACUAACACAGGAUGUUGCAGUGUGCUGAGUGGCAAAACAGGAUGUUGCGGGGUGCUGGGAACCAACAUGGGAUUUUAA